CUUCUUUUUUCUUGGCGAUACCCAUGUGUGAUGUGGCUUAAUGGAUAGGAUAAAAACUGCUCCAUUUUGGACAGUGGACUCUGGUGGGGCUAUCUGGGCAGCAAGUGUAAAGACUUCGUUUGUAUAAUCAUCAUGUUCUAAGUGUUGAAACACAGAUGUUCAAAAAUGAUCCACAGAACUGUAAGAAAUGUCAUUGAAUGGAGUUUGAAAAUUGGGAGUAGUGAUAUCCACCAAACACAGAGCUAAAGAAACAUACAUUGUGCUGUACGCAAAUAGCAAGUUUACUUUGGAGUACUUGAAAGCCAAGGAUGAGAAUUGCUUCAAGCUAAAGACCAUAUUUCCAUUAUUAUAAACACACACGCAGACGCACACAUAUAUAUAUAGUGGAAGAGGAAGAGCAAGAAGCAGCUACCAUUUAAGUUUGUUGAUUAGAGCAAGAAGCAGCUGCCAUUUAAGUCUGUUGAUCUUGAUGGAUAGUAAUUGCAGGAUGAAUGUAAGAAGAUGCAAGCCCAGCUUGGUUAAGCCUUGUGAAGAAACUCCUUCAACCAUUCUCCAUUUAUCCCCAAUCGACAGCCUCCCUGUAUUGAGAAUACAUACUCGCACUCUCCAUGUGUUCAAAGAUUCCCCUUCUGAAGCUGCUCCUGCUGCCAUUGUUAGAGAAGCAUUGUCAAAAGCUUUGGUUCUUUACUACCCUCUUGCUGGACGGCUCAAACCACAAACUUACCCUCUUCAACUUGACUGCUCUAACCAAAAUCAAGGAGUUCUGUUCGUGGAAGCUUCUUGCGAUUCCACUUUAGCUUCCCUUAACUAUUUGGAUGAUCUUACUUCCAUCCCCUUUCAUCUUCUUCUUCCUGAGGAACAUGAAUCUGAACCAGAAGCAGAAGGAGAAGCGCUUGUGAAGAUGCAAAUCACGGAAUUUGCUUCUGGAGGGUUUGUGAUGGGUUUGGUUUUCUGCCAUAGCAUCUGUGAUGGCCUUGGAGCUGCCCAAUUCUUGAAUGCUCUGGGGGAAUUCGCCAGAGGAAUUGACCUAGCUCCCACCAUUAAACCUACAUGGGAUAGAGAUUUCUUCCCUGAUCCUCCUCAAAAUGCCCUAAUUAAUCAUCAACUUGCAAUUCCUAACCCUCCCCCACCCCUGCCUGAUUACAGCCUACAACAAUCUAACAUCGACAUUCCCAUGGAUCGGAUCAAUGCCCUAAAGAAGCAGUUUCAAGAAUCAACAGGAAUUACCUGCUCCGCCUUUGAAAUUGUCGCUGCGUGUUUUUGGAGAAGUCGAACACGGGCGGUUUACGAGGCUUCCUGCAACAACGAUCAAGAAAUAAAGCUAGUUUUCUUUGCGAACUGCCGGCAAAUGGUGGAGCCACCGCUGCCGAAGGGGUUUUACGGGAACUGCUUCUUUCCGGUGAGAAUCAGCGGUUGGAGUAAGGAAAUUGGGGAGGCGUCCAUUAACGAAGUGGUGAAGCUGAUACAAGAAGCAAAGAGCAGACUGGGAAGGGAAUUUAGAGAAUACAUAUCACAAAAGCAGAGGGAACCGGAAUCGGACCCGUUUGCUCCGCCGCUCGAUUACUCGACGCUGUUCAUAUCGGAGUGGGGAAGGCUUGGGUUCAACCAGGUGGACUAUGGGUGCGGCCCGCCGGUGCAUGUGGUUCCGAUCCAAGGCUCGCCGGUAAUACCUGUCGGAAUCGUGGGCUCUCUUCCUAUGCCUAGAAAGGGCAUUCGUCUCAUGACAUGGUGCGUCCAAGAGCCUCAUCGUCUCUCUUUUCUACACCAAAUCUCACAACUCUUCCUUUGAACUCUUUCCUUUCUUCACUUCUAAAUAACCAAAAAGUUAAAUUGCAAAUCCGUCCAACUAUUUGGAGAACAUUAGAAUUUAAUAUCUAUAGUUGGAUAAAAUUCUCGUUAAAGAUCCCUAUUUAUGGCUAUUUUGUCAAAUAUUGUGGAUCAUUUAUGUGAAGUUUUAUUUAACAAUAAAUACUAAAUUAUAAUUUUCUACAAACCGUAGACCAGAUCUAUGAUUUAACCUUAACCAAAACUUUUUCGAUUAUUUGCCCUUUAUUUGGUCUCCAAGCCUUGUUUCAAAAUGACUAAAAGGUUAAAUUGUAAAUUUAGUCCUAUAAUUUGAAAAUAUUUUUAAUUUAAUUUUUAAAAUUUAUAAUUAAAAUUUAAUCUCUAUAAUUUGAAUGAACCUUCGUUGAGAGUCCUAGGACUAUUUAUGAGGAUUUCAUCAAAUCAUGUGAACUACUUAUGUGAAGUUUUAUCAAACUAUAAAGACUAAAUUGUAACUUCCUACAAA